GCUGGCGGGUCGCGCGGUCGCCGGCAGCCGGCGGAGGGGGCCGCGCCCUUCCUCCCGGUUCCCUUCUCCGCCCCCGCCGCCGGCUGGAGGGUGGGCGUGCUCUCGCAACUCCUUUAUUUUAGGCAGCUAGGUUUUUAGAACUUCAGCUAUAAAAAUGGGCAGAAUUUUCCUUGAUCACAUUGGUGGUACCCGUCUGUUUUCUUGUGCAAACUGCGAUACAAUCCUGACCAACCGCUCAGAACUCAUCUCUACUCGGUUCACAGGCGCCACUGGCAGAGCAUUUCUUUUUAACAAGGUAGUUAACCUGCAGUACAGUGAAGUUCAAGACCGGGUCAUGCUCACUGGCCGCCACAUGGUUCGAGACGUGAGCUGCAAGAACUGCAAUAGCAAACUGGGAUGGAUCUAUGAGUUUGCCACUGAAGACAGCCAGCGCUAUAAGGAGGGCCGUGUGAUCCUGGAGCGCGCUCUAGUGCGAGAGAGCGAGGGCUUUGAGGAGCAUGUACCAUCCGAUAACUCUUGAAGAAAAAGAGCUAACUCCAUCUCUUCCCAGGUCUCCUUCACUGAAAACAAAAAUCUACUUACAUACACUGUCACCUUAGCAUCAGGGUCGGAUUCAUGAACUGCGGAACAAGAGGUUGUGAGAAUCUAAGAUGGAACCUUUCUUUCUUUCUUUUUUUUUUUUUUUUAAUUUUCAAUUUUCCAUCCAGCAGCAGUGUGUAGAGAGAAUAUUAUGCAGAUGCUGUUAAUUUUUUUUCCCCUGUGUUUACAUCUUGAGGCAGAAUAGUCUAUCUGCAGCUACGUGAUGGGCUAUGUGAGGAAAAAAAUCUGGGCUAUUAGAGUGAAAAAGUGUGUUGUAUGUAAAUUUUGAAAGGAAAAAUGUGUCAAGAGCAUGGUUUUUAAACUUAUUUGGGCUUCAUUUAAAAAAAAUUUUUUUUAAACCCAGUUAUUUCACUUGAUUUGCUAGCUUCAGGGAAGAGAUCCGAAUUUGUGACCAGCGCUAAAGGUUCAGUGUUAGUAUGGCUUGUGCUGGCCAUUGUGCCAUAUUCUUGUUGGAGAUGAACCGUAGCACCAGAGCCCAUCCUUCCUUGUCAGUCUUGACCCAAAGAUGUCACCAGUCCUAGUUAUUUGUCACCACGUAAUUGGUGUUGAUUGGAAACUUUUCCUGAAAUGGGGCAGAACUGCUUGGUUGUCUUUUCCAUGUAACUUAAGCAUAGUAAUAUAAAUAAAGUGAUAGUUGGAUGUUUUUGGUCCUGUGUUGCUUUUAAAAACACCUUUUAAAAGAGCAGAGUAUUUGAUAAGUAAUUUUCCUGGUAGUGUUUCUUUUCAUCUCUUAAGCUAAAUUGAGUGUGUAGAGAUUACUUUGUUUAAAGCAUACUGUUUAAACUCCUAGUACUGCGUUAAGAAAAGAGUUGAACGGAAUGUCUGUGCAUCCAUGCAGAAAGCAUUUCAUCUGCAUCUGUUUUAAAAGAAGGGGAGAAAUGAAGGAGCCUAUCUAAAAUUACUGCUUUGCAAAAAAGUGUUUUCAGCCUGUCCUCAGUUUUGUGUUGAUUUUGACAAGUCUGUAGAACCUAAUAGUUUCAUCAAAGCACUAGAUCUGUCAUUAGCAUUAUUUUCUCAGAUCUACCCUCAGAAGUUCAACUAUUGAAAUUUAAACUGUACUUGGUCCUUUCAAGCAGAAAGGGAUCAAAUGUGACUCAGGGUGUUAUUUUAGCCCCAAAUUUACAACAUUAUGAAGUAUUAAAAUAUAAAUGUUUCUUUAUCCAAACUAUUUCUAGAUAUUCUAGUAUUUGUUUCUGGUGGAAUAAAUAACAUUAAAAUUGGCUAAUUAUUUAAAAUGUGUGAAUGGAUGUUUGCGUGCUCAAUCUCUAGGUCUUUGUCUAGAAAGGAUAUUUGCCUCAAUUAGCAAAAUCUUUCUGUCAUUGGUAUUAGAAGUGACUUCUGAGUACAGUUAAGAUUAAGUUUCUCUUUUUUGCCUUCGGGCUUUUGGUUAGAGGCAUAGGUCUCUGAUGAAGUAGGUGUAUAAUACUGCAUUUGAGAGAAGUGGACACAAAUGAUCUUUCCUUCACCGUGGAAUAAAUCUUCAAGCUUUAAGAACCAGCUUUCAUUCCCAUCCAUUUCCAUACUGGCCUUGGAUUACAUGCACAUCCCCGCUUAGCCUGCCUUAUCUGCAGCACUAUGAGCAUUUGCUGUCACAAUAAAGUAUAUUUUGUCUU